AUGAAUAUAGCUUUGCUUCUGCUUUUUUUGGUUUUCUGUAAUAGUUCUCACUCUAGGGGACUCAUUACUAAUGUCACCACAAGACCUGAAGUAUUGAACAUUGGUUCGAUAUUCACUUUCGAUUCCGUCAUUGGCAAAAUCGCAAAACUUGCAAUAUCAACUACAGUUGAAGAUGUGAACUCCAAUCCCAACAUUCUCAAUGGAACAAAGCUCUCACUCAAAUUGCACAACACCAAAUCGAGUGACUUCCUCGGAAUUGUUGAAACUUUGCAGUUUAUGGAGAAUGACACAGUGGCCAUAAUUGGCCCUCAAUUCUCAGCAACAGCUCAUGUUAUCACACACAUAGCAAAUGAGCUCCAAGUGCCUUUGCUAUCAUUUGCAGCAACUGAUCCCACUCUAUCUCCUGUUCAGUACCCUUUCUUUGUUCGAACAACAUUUGAUGGUAUAGUAGGAGAUAUUACAAUCACUACAAACAGAACAAAGAUGGUGGAUUUUACACAACCUUAUAUUGAGUCAGGGCUAGUUGUGGUUGCUCCAAUAAGGAAGAUGAAUUCUAGUGCUUGGGCUUUUCUGAGACCUUUUAGUCCAAUGAUGUGGGGUGUUACUGGUGUGUUCUUCCUAGUUGUGGGAGCAGUUGUUUGGAUUUUGGAGCGCAGGACUAAUGAGGAUUUCAGGGGGCCUCCAAGAAGGCAAUUUGUCACAAUUGUUUGGUUUAGCUUUUCGACUUUGUUCUUCUCCCAGAAAGAGAAAACUGGCAGCACACUUGGUCGCUUUGUGCUGAUCAUAUGGCUAUUUGUAGUACUAAUACUCAACUCCAGCUACAUUGCAAGCUUGACGUCGAUCCUCACAGUGGAGCAACUUUCUUCACCUGUGAAAGGGAUUGAAAGUUUAGCAACAAGCAGUGAUCCCAUUGGUUUUCUAAGGGGUUCCUUUGCUGAAGCUUACUUAACCGACGAGCUGAACAUACAUCACAGCAGACUCUUUCCCCUUAACUCGCCGGAAGACUAUGAGAAGGCCUUGAAGAAUGGUCCUAGUGCAGGUGGUGUUGCUGCAGUGAUUGAUGAGCGUGCUUACAUGGAGCUCUUCCUCUCUAGUCGAUGUGGAUACAGUAUUGUUGGUCAAGAGUUCACCAAAAUUGGUUGGGGAUUUGCCUUUCCAAGGGACUCGCCAUUGGCAAUCGACAUGUCGACCGCAAUAUUGAAGCUAUCGGAGAACGGAAACCUUCAAAAGAUUCAUGACAAAUGGCUAAUGAAAAGUGCUUGCAGUGCAGAAGGAGCAAAGCAGGCAGUAGACCGCCUUCAGCUGAAGAGCUUCUGGGGCCUCUUUCUACUAAGCGGCAUUGCUUGCUUUCUUGCUCUUAUUCUUCAUGUUCUUCGCAUGGUUCGACAGUACUACCGGCAUGUAGAUUCCGACAUUGAGAGCUCGCAAUCUACACGACGACUCAAGUCGUUUGUUUCAUUUGUAAAUAAGAGGGAACGAGAAGUGAAAAGCAGGUCCAAGAGAAGAAGGACAGAGAAUAAAGCCUCAAGUAAGAUAGUGCAUGAUCAAGAAUGCAGCAGUAGUGAUGGUUUGGAGCGGGAAGUCUAA